CACCCAGAUUCUCUGUUUUUGUUCGCGUGUCCGUGGAAGUGAAAAUAUUUGCGUUUUCGGAACUUGCAGACCUGGUCGUCCGGGGCGUCAAUUUCUGAGGACUUUCGAUCAGGACACGUGUGGCUCGUGUGUGCAUAAAAGUGAAAAGUGCAGUUUGCAAGGGAAAUUAGCGAAGGAAAGUUCUUUUGAGUUGGGUGAAAGUGAAAAUCUCGACGACUCAGCUUCGGGGUUUGUCCCUUUAUGGGAUUUGGCAGUGCAUGAAAAAGGACAGGCCUGAGCGGGGAAAAAGGGCUCAACCUUGGACCUGGUGAUUCUGUCAAGCGUCCUUGGGCGUUUUAUUUGUGCAACAAAAUAUUUGUAUAAUUGCAACUGCACGCGACCGUGUCAUCCGAGGGGAAGAUUUGGAUGUCCCAAAACUAAUCGAUAAAUUGAUUUUUUGUUCUGUCUUCUUUCGUCGGGAUGUUCCUUCGAAGCUCCUGCCAAAGGCCGUUCAGUUCUGCUCGGCAGUGUUUAUGAAUCGUGCUUCGACUGCAAAUAUGCAACCUCGUUCGAAGGCAAAAUUACGGCGUUGAAUUGUUAAUGAAAGUGAGCCAUUAUUCAUAAAGAGAGGCAUAUCGACUUCGGGGUUGGACAUGAACCGGGCCGAACUAUGACAUCAGCAUUGGUUCCGUCGACGAGGCGUCAUCGUGCUUUUUGCCACAAUUAAAUCGUUUUCGAAACAAGCAAAAGUGCGUGUGACACUUUGAGGACCGCGGCGAAACUGGAGGAUGAAAUUGGAUCCUCCACGGUGGAACUAAUCAUCAUUAAAGAGUCAUCAAUGUUUCAGACAUGCCGCCUCUGGAACCUGAGUAUAGCCAGCGUGCUCGCGCUGACCCUGUCUAACGUGUUCCUGACGGUGCGGCUGCUGCACAAUGGCGACUGCAGCAACGGCGCCGGUGACCGGUACGGUGGCUCCAGUGCCGACGGUGACAGCGUUUCGUUGGUUCCACGAGCCCCGAUCCUCACACCGGCCACCUGUCUGGAGUACGUGCUCGCGGACACGCUCACCAACAACACGGACAAGGCGGUCUUUUCGGGGCUUGAUUUGAGGCUUGGGCGGUGGGACUCGCGGCGGAUGUACAAGUUCUUUGACUUUGCCGUGGUGGGCGAGCGCUUUCCGGAGCUGUCGGAGCGGUACAGCGUGUGUCUGGCGACGCAGAGUUCGCUGGAGAAGAUUUAUUCGCUGGUGCAGGUAUCGCACCACUGGUCCGGUCCCAUUUCGGCAGCGAUAUUUGCUGCUGGGAAUGACGAGCUGUAUCUGCUGCAGAUCUACUUGUCAUAUCUGCGUAAUUGCUUCAAAACGAUCCGCGAACGGGUCAGCUUUCAUCUGGCGCUCCCAAAGGAGCGCGCUCCGACCCACUUGAAGAGCAUCCACGUGGGUGACUUCACCAAGUUCGACUGUGCCAAACCGGAAGCGACGCUGAACGAUCUGAUCAAGCUGCGCAAGGCGGACACCAACAAGUGGCGCAUCAAGAAUCCGUACCCGCAGAACCACCUGCGGAACGUCGCCCGGAAGGGUUGCCAAAGCACGUACGUGUUCCUCACGGACGUUGACAUCAUCCCGAGUGUGAACUUUGCCGAACAUCUGGACAAGUUCUUGAGAACGCAGCGAGCUCCUCACGGCGGUCAUGGAGCUCAGCAGACGGCCUUCGUAGUGCCGACGUACGAGCUGGAUGAGCGGGUUCGCUUUCCCCGCAACAAGACUGAUCUGAUACGGCUGGCCAACAAGGGGCUGGCGCGGCCCUUUCAUCACAAAGUUUUCAUCUACAACCAGUUUGCGACGAACUUCUCGAGAUGGCAGGCCGACAUCUUCGACGGCGAGAUGACGCGAGUGUCCCACAACGUGACCAACUUUGAGUUUCUGUACGAGCCGUUCUACGUGGCGCCCGACACGGUGCCACCGCACGACGAGCGCUUCCUCGGGUACGGGUACACCAGGAAUACGCAGGUUUACGAGAUGUUCGUCGCCGGCUACCAGUUCCAGGUGCUGACGCCCCUCUUCACCGUCCACUGGGGUCUGCAGAACAAGAAGAGCCGGCCGGCGUGGCGUGAACGGCAGAACAACGUCAACCGGAAGUACUUUGAGAUCUUCAAGCGGGAAGUGUUCGCCCGGUACCACAAGGAUCCGCUGCGGAUGUUGCUGCCGAAGAAGGUCCAAAAGCAGCACGGCGUCGGGGGAGGAGGGGGAGCAGGUGGGGGAAAUGUGGUGGCCGCGGGUGGUGAUGCCGGAGGAGGGGGUGGUGGUGAAAAAACCGGACGAUAG